AUGCCACCGCCACCCGACGCUGCGCCCCUGUCGGCGCGCCGGCGCGUCGGGCUGUCCCUCUGGCCGCUCCCGGCAUUUCAACUCCAUGCGCCCGAAGAUGGACGUCCGCGCUCGACCAACAUGUCCCUCGUGCAUCGCGUCCUGCCGCCAGGCGUGCGCAGCCGCGCGCCCAGCGCCGGCACGUCGGCGCCCGUCGCAGCGCUCCAAGUGAUACCGUGCCUCCGUGUCGCGUCCAUCGCCGUGUCUGUAUCCUUCUAUACCAUCGUGCUGGGCUUCGUGACGUACGGACGACAAGGCCCCGACCAAGCGAGCCUCUUUCGCGGGCCGCCAGGCAGGCCCUCGUCCCUCAGCCCCGCGACGCCCGGCGUGCAUGUCCAGCUGCGUGUGCCAGUCGCACAUACGCACAUCCAUCCCCAGAUGCUGUGGCUGCUGGUCAGCGACGUCGAUGCGUUCUUUGACGACGCCGCGCACAAGCUCGAAGUGGCCGUCGCGCCCUCGCACGGCUACUUUCCCGCGCACACGUUCGGCGAGGCGCGCAUCGUCACUCGGCCCCAAACUAUGCCGUGGGGCACGCGCGAAUGCCGCAUCAUCGAUCCCGACGGACAUACGUGGGUCAUCACCCAAGUGCAGCGCUAA